GAGACGCAGAGAGAGAGAGGGUGAGAGAAGGAAAGCGAGACACAGAGACACGCUGGGGGAGUUACAGAGAGGUACGGAACAGCGGACAACGUUCACAACACAGGGGUAACUGCUCGGUGCACGGGGACUCCGUCGCGGGGCGUCCGUCGGCUGCUUCCCGCCGGUCCGCCUCCCAGAAUGUUCUGUGCUCCCGGUUCAUUUCUACGGUACACGAACCAGUCGCCGCGGCGUCCCCACGGACACUGAAGCCCAGAUGCUCACCCUCUCCGCCGACAUGGACGAGUCUUCGUCGCUUCUGGAUCUGCUGGAGUGCUCGGUGUGCCUGGAGCGCCUGGACACCACGGCCAAGGUGCUGCCGUGCCAGCACACCUUCUGCCGCCGUUGCCUGGAGAACAUUGUCAGCUCCCGGAACGAGCUCCGCUGCCCGGAGUGCCGCAUCCUGGUGGACUGCGGGGUGGACGACCUGCCGGCAAACAUCCUCCUGGUUCGCCUCCUGGACGGUAUCAAGCAGCGGCCACAGCGAGGAAGCGGAGGAGGAGUAGGAGCGGGCGGCAGACAGUCCCUGGCCGUGGGCUCGCUGCAGGGAUACGCCGCCGGGAUAUCCGCUUCUCCCCCGGGUAGUGCGAUCAGAGAGCUGCCCGUAGCCACCAGGAGCUCCCCAGUUAAGAAUAUCCCAGCACUGCCUUGCGGUAAAGCCCUCUACUCCUACGAGGGAAAAGAACCAGGCGACCUCCAGUUUUCCAAGGGUGACAUCAUCAUCCUGCGACGCAAAGUGGAUGACAACUGGUACCAUGGCGAGCUCAACGGUUGCCAUGGUUUCUUGCCUGCUAGCUACAUCCAGUUGUUGCGUCCCCUGAGUCAGACUCCGCCCCAGGGCAAAGCACUGUAUGACUUUGAGGUCAAAGACAAAGACCAGGAUAAAGACUGUCUGGCCUUCAGCAAGGAUGAGGUACUGACAGUAAUCAGGCGAGUGGACGAGAACUGGGCAGAGGGCAUGCUGGGAGACAAGAUUGGCAUCUUCCCUAUUCUCUAUGUGGAGUUAAAUGAAACAGCCAAGCAGUUAAUGGAGAUCGACAAACCUACGCCACCGAACGUUCCAGGCCCGAGCUCUGAGCCAGCCCCAUUGGGCCCCUGCUCUCCUGGCCCCUCCCCCAGUGCCUCCCCGUCAAACGGGAACGGCUCUGGCCAUCGGAGAGGCGAGGGUAAGAAAAACGCAAAGAAGCGGCACUCGUUUACAGCGCUGUCCGUCAGCCAGAGGGCUGCCCAGCUCAACAACAGACACAGCAUGGAGAUCUCUCAUCCGGUCCUCAUCAGUUCCUCUGACCCCAGAGCCGCUGCACGCAUCCAGGAUGCAUCUCCCCCAGGUCCCUCUCCCUCCUCGGCAGGGGUACUGGUGCCCCCCAAAGUGGCAUCCAUAACCUCUGAGCUGCUGGCCCAUGCCAAGGUGCAGCUGCCACUCAACAUAUAUCUGGCUCUAUACGCCUACAAGCCCCAGAAGGCUGACGAGCUUGAACUUAGGAAAGGGGAGAUGUAUCGGGUGACAGAAAAGUGUCAAGACGGAUGGUUCAAAGGCACCUCACUGAGAACCGCUGCCUCUGGUGUCUUCCCAGGAAACUACGUCACUCCUGUGUCCAGGGCUCCAUUUGGAGUGGGUGCUGCUCGUGGUUCAUGUCUGUCCAGUCCAGUAGGUGGAAGUGGAGGAGGAGGAGGUGGGUGUAGUCAGGUGGGGAGUAAAAUCUCCGACCCUUCAUCCCCAGGGUCCCCGGGGCCCUCUUCGUCCCGUCCCUCCACCCCACUGGUAAACUCAGCCAACUCUGUUAACACCGUCAGUCCCGCCUCCUCGCCGCAAACUGCCGCCGCCCAGCUGAAGAACUGCCUGCGCUCUAGCCAGCAUACGGUCAACCAGGCACGCACCUCAAUGCAACUGGACAGACACAACUACAAGAACCAAUUCUCUUCUCAGAUAUUAAUCCACAGUCCCCCUGCUGGAAGCCCAGAGCGCCCCACGGUGGCUCUUUCUCCCCUGCGUCCUCAGAGCUCUUCCCCCUCACGUUGCCCCGGACAGUCAGGUCGUCCUCUCUCCAUGGUGUGUCCGGGGCCCAGCUUAGGACCCUCGCCCCUCUCUUCCCCAGCCUCGCGGCCUCUCCUCCCACUCUCCUCCCCUCUCUCAUGUCUCACACCUCCUAACGUGUCAGCGGUGCUCCUUAACGGCGAGCCUGCCAGUCCACUGCAGCCACCAUCACCGGGCCCCUCCCACGCCCCCACCCAGGGUGCCCUCGCACCCAAAGCAGAGAAGAAGGAGAGGAAAGCAGGAGGUUUAUUAAAGCUCUUAUCGGGGGCAGCAGCCAAGAAGAAACCUCGCUCACCUCCCUCCUCCCCGCCCACCCACAACCCCUCAUUGGGUGGCCAAGGCGCCGUGGCCACAGACCCCACCCAACAUCCUCACCACCACCACCACCAUGCCCGCUCAGGUUCCUGCCCAAUGGCGUCGCAGGGGCGAGCCGGCUCCUGUCCAAUUGAGAGCGACAUGGCAGGGGCCAUGGGGUUGGAGCCGCUGCACAGGAAGUCCGGUUCCCUCGAUACCAACUUCCCCAUGUCGCCCCCGGCAACACGUGCUGGCAACCCUCUAAUGGUCCUCCGGCCUGAACCCAAACCCCUAUCCAGAGAGAGGUAUCGAGUGGUGGUGCCCUACCCACCGCAGAGUGAGGCAGAGAUCGAGCUACGGGAAGGAGACGUGGUGUUCGUACAUAAGAAGCGUGAGGACGGCUGGUACAAAGGCACCCUGCAGAGGACGGGACAGACCGGCCUCUUUCCCAGCAGCUUCGUCGAGAGCUUCUGAACUGGAAAAAGUGGACAAAAGAACACACACCAUUCCUGUUUCUGAGUCACAAAACACACAAACACGCCACCAGCUCACACAGCUGCAGUCACACACACAGAGGUUGGGCCGAUAUUGGUUUUCCAGAAUCAUACGUUUGGAUUAAAUAUGGAUACUGAGCUGCAAAAACACCUGUGUAAAUUUGCUUUAAACUUUUUUAAAAAAUUUUUUAAAAAGCUGCUAAACCUAAAAAAAAAAAAAAAAAAGUAAUUCGUCUGGAUUUUCUGUGGUGAAUUUUAGUUUCACAUAAUCAUCAAAAUGUGUCUUUGCAGUUUUUCUCAGAAUAUGUCACCAAACACUGGACUUAACAUAUUUAAUACUGUCAUGAAACAUCAUUAAUUUUAAUGGUCCCCAGAAACCCAUAUCAGUCCAACUAAUUACAUCACCCCCCUCACAUACAUACACACACACACACACACAUAUAGGAAAGCUAACCCUGGCUUCAACCAGCCCAGCCACACAGGAAGCAGGGCAGCUUUUACUGUCAUUUGCCCCGGUGACAGAGGGGGCCUCGUCCGACUCGUUGUCCGGACUCAUGAUGUUGACUACUGAAGGCACACAGACUCAAAGAGCACAGAAAGACAAACCCUUCUUCCCAGUUCUCCUCCUUGGCAUCAUCCACCAGCAAACACUAGCACAAAAAAGCGUUAGCUCUGCUUUUCCACUGAGACCUCAGAACUUGAAUUUGGGUGCUUUCUUUGUUUGAAAAGUGAAAAUUUACCACCAGGUGAUGAGGGAAGUGUGUGAGCCCACACGCCAGGAUCAUUGGAAGCACAUAUAUCCGUGUCUAGUUUGUGACAACAAGCACAUGAUUUUUUUUUUUUCAAUUCAGUAUAUGUCAAUUACAAUGCAUGUAGCAUUAUUAUGUUGUUAUUUUUUAUAUAUAUAUGUUGAACUAGAUGUUUGUGUUGUCUCAAACUAGCCAUGCUGUGGCGAUUUGUCACAGGAUUUUUAAUUAAAAAAAAAAAAAAAAUUGGUGCAAAAAGUGAAAAAUUAAUUAGAUGAUUUUUCUAUUUAUAUAUCUUAUAUAAAUUUAUACAACCAUUUUUUAUUUGCAUUUGUCAUAGACCUCUCACAGCUGCAUUGAACUGAAUAAACUGGCUUACUGAAUGUAGAGAGAAACAGAAAGUUACGCCAGAAACUCUUUAAAGAAUUGAUUUGUAUCUAUAAAGUUGUUUUUUGAUCUUUUGUGAGGAAUCAGAGACAAAGAAAUGCGCUUGAUAGUAUCUGAUACAACUUGCCAAUAUAUCUACAUAUACAGUAUUUUACACACUGUAAUUAUUUAUCUGACAAAAGGGAUUUCCAUUGCUACUUGUCACAUCAUUGUAUUUUAAGAGUAAACAUUUUUAUUCUUUAAACAGGCACAAAUCAUAACAGAACUUUUAUUCAGCCAUUUUAUUUUGAAAAGUGAGUUAAUGACAUGGUUGGUCCCAGUAAACAGCCACAGGAGUUCCUCUUCUGCAACCUUUUCCUGAGACACUGUUGCAAGGUUUUUUUUUCCUGUGUGACUGCAGCAAUAUUGUGAAACAAAAUGUGCAGGUUCAGUGCUCGUGGAAGAAUGUACAAGUGUGGGGAGGGCGGGGGCACCUGCGAGUCAGAGGGCAGGGACUCGAAUUUUUCAUCACGCAACUGCCAAACUUUGACAACUUUUCCUCUGAUCUUGUCGACCUUUAACAAGUAUUUUUGUACCGCUUCAGUCAGUGUGUAGUCGGUCUGCUUUGUGAAUUUCUACGUCCUGAGUGUGGAUUCAGGCUUGUCUAGUUUACAUCCAGCCACAACCAUCUACCUUUUUUCCCUGUUUCUGGAGAUAGAAGCACAGCGAAACUCAGAGCUAGACUUGCUCACUGUGUGUGUGUUUGUAUAAAUGUGUGCAUGUGUGUGUGUGUCUCAGAGAGUGAGAGCUCAGCAGGAUUUUAAUACUCGCCAUGAAUCAGUGAAGGAACACAGUUCUAGGACAGGAGUGGCUUUCCUCACCUUUUUAUUUUUUUGUUGUUGUUUUUUUUCUUUUUGAAAAGCUGGACCAGAACAAAACACAAACUCUUACCGGUCAUGUGAUCACAGGUCCAGCUCACUCAUUGGCUGAGCACCCAUUCAUCUAAUUGGCUCUAACUGAAUCCUAACCAGGUGAGAGAUAAGCACACUUGAGUCACCUUGGUUAAAUGGUUUGUGUCAUAUGGAAAAGACAAUAAAUACAAACUUCCAGAUAAAGUGACAGUACAGGAGAUAAAUCAGAAUCAAAAGUGUUGUUUCCUGCCACAAGUUUUCUAGCAACUUUUUCCCUCUAUCAGAUAUGAUGUUUUCAUCCAUAUCAUUUUACAAAUUAUGAGAUUGUUGGGGGAGUAAAUCCCUUAAACUGUGAAGAAAAGUCAACAAAAACAUGGAAGGGAGAUAAAUUUCACAGUAAUUACAGAUAGAAACAUGCUCUGCAAUCAUUUUCUGGUGGCUGGCAGUGCUCGAAGGGUGAUUCUGUGGCAGCUGGAGCAACAGAUGAAACCAAAAACUUUUUGCAAUUUAGAUUAGAUUUUUUUUUUUCUUCAGCAGUUCACAGUUAACACAAACUAGGGCUAGACUGACACAUAACACAAAGUUUUUCAGUUAGAAUCACGGAUAGAGGUGGUUUGACUCUUUACUUAAUGUUUGAUUGACUAUUUGUGUCCACUAAUUUAACCCCUUUUUAUAUAAGUGUGUAAAACUGUGAUACUUGGGGUGUUUUCAUUCAGCCAAGUAAAAGUGCCAUUCUAUUUGCCAUGAAAAUGUCAGAGGAUAUUUGGAAACUUCGAUCCAAACAUAUCUGCAUUGGCUUUCGAAAGCUGUCAGUCAAACCCUAGUGCCUACAAAUGCCAACACACACACACAAUUACACACAGCACCUGACAGAUCAGCCUGUCUCUCGUCCCAGUCCUCUUCUUCUUUCUCUCUUCCUUCAUCUGCUGUGUCGGUACGAUGAGCCUGCUGGUUGUUUUUCUUGCGGCUCUGUUCUGCCUGACUUAGUGACAAAAAACCAGCAGAUCCCAGAACAGCUCUGCACAAAACCCUGAGCGAGAUUUUCUUUAUCUGUUUGUUCACCUGCUGAACGAAGGACUCUAAUUUCUACUGAGUCAAACUUAAGCACAAGUCCUCGUUUGAGUCGGAGGUGAACGGGUCUCGACUGUCCUUUUUCUUUUUCAUGAGGUUGAUGCUGUGAGGAGGAAGAGAAGAGUUUACAAGAGUCGAAACAUCAGGAAUACAAACCACUGCACAGUGGUCACUUUACGUAAAAUCACUUGAACCGCUGGUUUCACAAGUGUGUUUUUAUUUACGUGACGUGAGCUUGUCCUUUCCUCAGCUUCCUGGUUGUAAAUAGCACUUCGGUAACAGCUCGAAAAAUGUGAACUAACCAUUAACAGCGGUGGUAAUUCCCACUGGACAUGAACACAACAUAAAACACACCAUUGAACAUCCAGUUGUUGUCCACUACCUUUUUGGAACAUCCUUCCAGGAAGCCUGAGCACACCCUGCCAUCUUGAACUAGAUGUCAGCCAUAUUUGUUCCUAUGGAUACUUGUGUGUCUGAGUGUGUGUGUGUGUGUGUGUGUGUGCGUGUGCGUGUGCGUGUGCGUGAGGGGAGGGGGCCUCUGUAUGUAGCUCUUUACUUAAAAUAAAGUUUGGUGUGAUGUGGAUGCUCAUGCCUCGUCAGGACGUGGAGUAGGGUUGUUUGAGUGCAGCGGUACAGAGAGAGAAACCAGAAAAAAAAAAGAAAGUAUAUAUAUAAUUCUAUAUUGUGCAGAAUAUUUAUUGGCCUUUUGUGCCAUUGAAGUCAUUGCUCUGCGCUGACCACGCCCAGCGCUCUCUACCAUGUGAUCAUUAUACAUCGUCUUGUACCGAUGACCCGUGGUUGAUUUGAUUGUUUUUUUCAU